GAAUCAUGUUAGAUGAAUUGAAUGCAGCUGCAAGUCUCCUAUCGACAUACCUGAAGCCUCUUAUUUCUGAAGAACUUCAAAAUACAAGUUCAAGUUCCGACAAAUCCAAUUCACUCCUGGAACUACAGAAUUCCACGAAAUCAGAGAGCGCCUUACAAACACAUUUUUUGUCUGCAGAAUCUCGAAAUAAUUCAACCCAUCAGAGCAAAGCAGACGAAAGUGGAAGCUCGGAACAUUCUAGAAGCAGAGAUGACGUAAGUUCUUCGACUGGUUCGACAUCUGCAGAAGAAAGUCAGCAGAGCUCGCUUGAGACUGUGUUGCAGGAGGCAAUUGUAACAGCUCUUCAGGCCAAGUUCCAAGGUCAUUGGUAUCCUACACUUCCCUCGAAGGGUAGUGGGUUCCGGUGUCUCAAGUUCGGUGGAGUGGGCGGGGGUGGAGUGGAUCCUGCCAUAAUCUGUGCGUGUGAAUCGGUGGAGUCCAUAGUUCACAUCUCGAAGAGUGACCUUUCCUCUGCCAUACCCAACGACCUCAUACUCUGGAUCGAUCCAGGGGAGGUCAGCUACAAAAUUGGAGAUUCGGUACCAUUAACAACAGUAUACAGUAAACCAUCUGCUGGAAAAGGGAAUCUGGACUGUAAAGAUUCCGCGAUGUCAACUCUUCGAACUAGCUCUGGAAGUAAGUUUGCAAUCGGCCACGAGAAACACAUGAAGCAAUCGGCGAAAAAACUCAGCCUAGCGAGCAAUCAACAGCCGAACUCAAUUUACGCGUCACAAAAUUUUUAUGAUUCGAACAAUAAUACUAUUGGAAACAGCUUGAACAUAACCUCAACACCUCUGAAGAAACAUUCAGCAGGUCCUGUGAUUGGAGGGUUUUCAACAUCGAUGUUGGUUCCUGAUGAUUCUCCCGGUAUGAUGGGGGUUCCUGGAGGAAUGAACAAACAUCACCCAAAUGCAAUUUCUUCACAGAUGCUUGUCACAAACGAUUACUCUCCUCCUUUUGCAAUUCAGCCCAAUCUAGUACAUAUCGAUCCCUCCAGUAUGAGAUCUAGAGGCGGUAACGGGAUACCACGUACCGCAGUAAUGGACAAUUCCCUGGGAGGUUUCAAUGAGUUUGGAUUCCCGUCUGCCAACAGACCUACAACUUUGCCUGGCAUGAAAAAUAUUCCUCUGAAUGGAGCUCCGUUCAGCUCGCCCAUACAAAACAACGCGCAGCAACAUAGUGCAAUGUCAAGGAACGCCAAUGUAUCCCGAAAUCUUGGACUCUUCUGGAAGUCAGCAUCUUCUCUAGGUGGCAAACCCCACCACCUGCAAUCAAGUCCCUCCCCAUUCGCUCCUCUUAAUCCUCUCAACCCGGACGCAGCAGUCUUCUCCCCCAACGAUUCACCCGAACAACAGAUCAUGCGUCCAAUCGGCACUCCCGCCUCUGCUCAGUCUGUAACGCCAGCAUAUCCUAACCCCCACCCAGCCACUGGUCCUUUCCAUAACUCAACCUCAGACCUGAUAAACGUCGGAGCCAUUGGUUCUGGACUCAUUGGGUUCGCAGACCAAGAAAUCAACCAGCAGCAAAACACAAUGACCGCUACCAUGAGUUUAGGGGUUCCACAAGGAAAUGUUUCGGGACCCUCCGGCAGUCGAUCGGCAGUUGGAACUAUGGUCUCUCCAACUCAGAAGUUCUACUCGGCGACUGCGAACAGUUUGGCGCAGCUGCAGCUGAAUCAGCAUCAGCAGGCGUUCAGAGGCGGAUCCCCCGUCGACUACGGAAAUGGGACUCCUUUUAAUAG